AUCGGGAUAAGUCGGCAUGUUGUCGUAGCUUCGUAAUUUUCAUUUAGUAUAACAAGUCAUGAGUUGUCCAUCAUUCCAUCUCAGUCCCUCUCGACCAAGGUGGUUUUGGUGGAUGGAAUCUAAUGCUGACCUAGUUGUUCACUUAGUUUACAAAAACGAUAAGCACCACUUCUUCGCAAGUAUUGAAGCAAGCACUGAUUUGGAGGUUAUGACUGUUGAGAUCUCAUUGAGCAUGUUUGCUGGCUGUGAGAGUUGAAAUGUUGAAAUGUUGGCCUUGCUGCACCUUGUUGUUGGUUACUCUGUUGUUAAGUGUGGGUUGGCUUGACCCCCCCAUGGAUGGUGUACACAGAAUAAUCUGAGGUACACCAAGAGUUUGGCCACUGAGUGCCUGCAUGGCUAGAAACAGAAAAAAAAAUCAUUUAAUUUCCUCCUAAUGGUCUCAAGUGAUGGCAGCAAAAAGCGGUCACAUGAAAAUCUCUGGUGAUAAAGAUAAAAAAGUCAGUUUUGUAUCUUCACUUUUUUUUCGUUGGAUGAACGAAGUCCUUAAAAAGGGCAGUCAAAGACCUUUGGAUCAAAAUGACUUUUUACCCUUGUCAGACGAGAACUCUGGCCGUUUUGUCACCGACAAGCUUAAAAAAAUCUGGGAGAGCGAGAGACAUCAUUGCAAGAUGAAUGGGAAAAGGCCCAAACUUUGGAAAAGCGUGUUUUAUAUGCUAUCUGCCAAAGAUGUUAUCAUCAUUUUGAUGGGGAAUAUAUUGUGUACAACUUCUCGCCUUCUCUUUCCACUGUUUCUCUGGUAUCUUGUUUCUAAGCUUAUGUCAACUGAGGCAGAGAAUACUUAUCGGCUCUACGCCUGCGCAUUAGCUAUGUGUCUCAAUGGUUUGAUCGGUGGUCUUGGUAUGCACCAGGAUAGCUACAGAUGUGAAAUAUUGGGAAUCAAAAUAGGAAGCGCCCUGAGGGGACUGGUGUACCAAAAGACGCUUCUUCUCAACAAGCAGACGUUACUGAAAUUCACUGCAGGACGCUUAUUUGACUUGAUAUCCAAUGAUGUUAAAAGAAUGGAAGAAGAGACAGUCAGGUUUUUUGUCUCAGCCGUUUUCGCAGUCCCUGCUUAUGUAGGGGCAAUAUUCCUCAUCUACAAUUUGAUUGGCUGGCAGGCUGUUAUGGGUGUGUUCCUUCUGUGUACUCUUAUGCCAUACUUUGCCGUCUUGUCCUAUGUUAAUGCUAAGCUGCGCUUGCGCACAGCUACAGUGUCCGAUCAGCGAAUCUCCUUAAUGAAUCAAGUAGUUUCCGGGAUCCGCGCGGUCAAAACGCAUGCGUGGGAGGACGAAUAUAGACGAAAGAUUAAACAUGUAAGAAGAAAUGAAAUCAGCGUCAUUUCGAAGAGGACAGCCAUUCAGUCAAGGAUUGAUGCCUUGUUAUACAGUGCAACGCCACUGGCCACUCUGGUGUCAGUAAUUAUUAUGGUACUUACAGGCCAGACCCUCACGCCCGCCAAUGUUUUCAUGCUGCUGUCGUUUAUGGGUGUUAUAAAAUUUUGUGGUAUGGUGAAUAUGACAUCAGGUUUAAUGGGAACGUAUGACGCCUACGUUUCGCUCGGAAGAAUCGAAGAAUUCCUUCUUCUAGAAAAUCUGUUGCAAGCCUCGGAGAGUGAUGUAAGCAACGAGCCUCAACAAAAAGCGGAAAGUACCGCAACUUACUUAAGUCGCAGUUACUUGAAAAAAGAAGAGGAAAAUACGGAGAAAGUUUCCCUCUCUCGUGAAUCAAGAGAAUUAGGGCCUACUAUAUUAUGUGUGUCAAAUUUAAGCUACGCAAAAACGCAUCAUGAAGAGGAAUUUAUUCUUGAGGAUAUCAACUUCUUUGCACCUUCAAAGAGUUUAACAGUCAUCACCGGACCGGUUGGAAGUGGUAAGUCUACUCUGCUCUCAGCGAUCGCUGGUGAAAUUUGGAACACCAUUGGGACGAUUGAUUAUCAAGGUUCUGUCAUUUACUUGCCUCAGACUGCUUGGGUGUUCUCGGGAACGAUAGAAGAAAACAUUCUGUUUGGUCAACCCUUCGAGGAGUCCAAGUAUGAAAGAAUAAUCGACGUCUGCGCUCUGAAAGAAGACUUCCAGCGGUUACCUGAUGGUGACCAAACAGUUGUUGGAGAACGCGGAGAGGUUCUGAGUGGAGGACAACAGGCGAGAGUAAGUUUAGCUCGUGCAGUUUAUGCUGAAGGAGAUAUUUAUCUAUUGGAUGAUCCACUGAGUGCUGUCGAUUUUAAAGUUGGCCAACACAUCUUUAACAAGUGCAUCAAAGAUCUACUUGGCGAUAAAAUCGUUCUGUUUGCCUCUCAUCAGCAACAGCACAUGGAAAAUGCUGAUGAAGUGAUUGUGUUGUACAAAGGGCGUGUCCUCGACAAGGGACGCUUUACUGAGCUGCACGAAAAAGGUGUUAUCAAUUCAACUGCUGACCCGCUCUAUAAAGCAGCUCUGAAAGACAAAACGGACUCAUCUGAGCCGUUCUGCUGGGAAGAUAAGGAGGAACACGAUGAUGCUGAAAAAUGCCAGAAAAUACAUCCUCUGCCCGAUGAAGCGAAGAGUUUGGAGACAGAAAAGGAGGAUCGUACAAUCGGAGUUGUGACAUUCAGGCUUUAUUGGGACUAUUUCAGAAGUGGAGCACAUCCUUUGAUGCUAACUGGAAUGGUUGGUUUAAGUCUCAUUACUCAAGCCAUUAUAGUUGCUCCCGACUUGUGGCUUUCGUUUCUUGCAAGGCUAAACCCAGAGGAUCAGAAUAACAAGACUUAUCUAUCUGUCUUCGCCUGUCUGGUUGGCGUGUGUUUUAUAUUUACUAUCGUUCGGGCUUAUGGAUUCUUCCAUGUUUGUCUGAAGUGCGCCGAGCGUCUUCACGAUAAAAUGGUUGUGGCCAUUUUACAAGCACCUGUCCUGUUCUUUGAUUCAAAUCCAGUGGGAAGAAUCCUAAAUCGCUUCUCCAAUGAUAUUGGCUGCCUAGAUGAGUUGUUACCCAAAACAUUCCUGGCGGCAAUGCAGAUGCUCUUGGUGAUAUUUGCCCAAAUUCUGGUAACAGUUGCCACAAAUUUUUGGCUGAUGUUUCUUGUUGUUCCAAUUUCCAUGUUGGUCGGUUUUCUAUCCAAUUAUUACUUGAAGACUGCCAGAGAACUAAAGAGGUUAGAGUCGAUAACCCGAAGCCCAGUGUUCGCUCAUUUUUCGGAGACCCUGAUAGGACUGGACACGAUUCGUACGAGAGGAAGACAGACCGAUUUUGUGGAUGCACUCUACAGGUAUGUUAGAGACAUUGAUUCAGUUUGUGGUGUCAGAGCCGAUAAAUGCACAGGGCAAAAAUGA